UGUCAAGUGUCAAAUUAUCGAAUGAACUAUUGAAUUUUAAACUUAUUUAUACUAAGAAGAACUAAAGUAAGCAAGUGUAUUCAAUUUAAAUUUUCUUAAUGAAAAGAAUGACUUCAAUUAAAAAAUUUAUAGAUAUCGGUGCUAAUUUGACCGAUGAGAUGUAUCAAGGAAUAUAUCACGGUUCUAAAAAACAUGAACCUGAUUUGGACAAAGUUCUAAAACGCAGCUGGUCCGCUGGAAUGGACAAAAUGAUUAUUACUGGAGGUAGCUUAGUCGACAGCAAGAAAGCUAUCGAAUUAUCACGUACCGAUUCACGAUUGUUUUCUACCGUAGGAUGUCAUCCGACAAGAUGUAAUGACUUUGUGCAGGAUUCUACUACAUAUCUCAAUGAUCUAAAAACUCUGAUAAAAGAAAAUAGAGAUAAAGUCGUAGCAAUUGGCGAGUGUGGACUAGACUAUGACAGGUUGCACUUUUGUGAGAAAGAGGUUCAGUUAAAAUACUUCGAGCUACAACUCCAAUUGAGCAGCGAGUUCCAGUUACCCCUGUUUCUUCAUUGCCGAGCUGCUGCUGAUGACCUUGUUGAAAUAUUGAGUAGGAACAAGGGCAAAAUAGUUGGUGGUGUGGUGCAUUCUUUUGAUGGUUCUCAAGAGGCAUUAGAAAAGAUUCUAGCUUUAGAUUUGUAUAUUGGUAUUAAUGGAUGUUCACUCAGGACAAAGGAUAACUUAGAGGUUGCUGCAAAGAUACCUCAGGAUAGAUUGAUGAUAGAGACAGACUGUCCAUGGUGUGAAGUUAAGGCCACACAUCCAAGCUAUGCUCAUGUGGUAACUAAGUUCCCUUCUGUUAAGAAGGAAAAGUACUCGGUGGAUUCAAAUAAUCAAGUCAAAGGAAGAAAUGAACCAGUUAACAUUGUGCAAGUGCUUGAGAUACUGUCUGCCAUUAGAAAAGAAAAUAUUGAUGAAUUAGCAGAAGCUAUUUAUAAUAACACUAACAAUUUGUUCUUUGGUAAUAAGUUAAAUUAAAUUAUGGAGGUAUUUCUCGGCCUGUUGUGUCGACACUCAGCUACAAGACUAGUGUUAACUACUGCAUUUUCUAUGUAUGUAAAUAAAGAUAUUAAUAUUUAUUUUUUUACUACAAUAAUCAAUUUAAUAAUUGCAGUCUACUGAUAUGUAUUUUUUAAUAAU